AUGGGGGAAACUCCCCCAGUGUGGGGCGGGGCACUUAACCCGCCAGGAAAUCGAAACAUGAGAACUGUUCCUUCAUGGAUGGACCCGUUCGGGGAGUUUGGCGAUAUCCAAUUUCUCCGAAUGAAACCCUCCGGCCACCAAAAACUUCCCAAAAACCCCUUCAUCAUAUCGGCGUCAGUCGAAAAAUACGUCGGUAAAAUUGACGGAGGGAAUCCUACUGACCGAGGGGAGAGUUAUCUCCUUAAAGUCAGGAACUCCGCUCAAGUCAACAAGCUGCUCAAACUGGACCGACUGAUAGACGGCACUCCGAUCACCAUCGAGCACCACCCGACCCUUAAUCUAUGCCAGUGCGUGGUGUCAUGUGAAGACGCUGCGGGACUAAGUAACGACGAUCUGCAAAGUUUCCUUGCCGAUCAGGGCGUUACGAAAGUGUAUCGUUUUCUAAGAAAAUCCGGCGAAAAAACAGUUCCGACCAACUCCAUGGUACUUACCGUUAAGGGCACCACUCCUCCUCCUCAUAUCUUCUUCGGAUUUAUCCGCAUCGCAACUCGGCCAUACUAUCCCCGCCCACUCUUGUGCUACAACUGCGGCACAUAUGGCCACUCGAAGCUGCGUUGCAAAAAUUCCCCCAUCUGCAUCGACUGUGGUGACUCUGAAGUUCACAAGGAAUGUCCCAAUGAACCGCACUGUGUCAACUGCCAAGGAACCCACUCAUCCAUUAACCGGAACUGUCCCAUCUUUAAGGAGGAACAAGCCAUUGUCCGCCUUAAGGUCGACUUGGGAAUUUCCCAAGGCGAGGCCGUCAAGGUGUACAAAAGCCGACUACAGCGUCAAAAGGAAGCCACCGAACGUGCUCAAGCCGAAACCCUUAAAGACGAGCGGAUCCGUCAACUAGAAGCCCAAGUUUCUCAACUUCUGGAACAACUGGCCAAAAUCAAGGACAAUCUCAACGAAUCUACUCUUGUCGGUGGUUCCACAACCACUCAAGAGGAUUCCGACGACUCCAGCUGCGACUCCGACCGUGACGGCGGCUCCGAUCGUCACACGACGGUCAUCCGUACACCAAGCAACACGUCCACCCCGAAACGAAAUAGGCAAAACAGUUCCAUCGAAAGCCCACCCAGCCAGGUAACAACAACAACGAAGAAGAAGAAGCCAUCCAUACCAGGUAACCCCUCAAGUCCCCCAUCCAACUCAAUUGUUUUGUCCAUUCAGGACAUUCUCUGCAACUCCUCAGUACCCCAAAAUCUCAUCAAGGGUUAUCAAUUGCACAUCUCCAGCAACCCAAGCUCCCGACAAGGCGCUGGCCUUGCAAUUAAAAAUGGAAUCCCCUACGAUCUGAUCAAUAUUAACUCUACAUUGAAUGUUAUCGUUGCCAAGCUGCACUACCCGUUCAACAUUACUGCUGUCUCUCUCUACAUCCCACCUCAAACUACCUACUCAGAUUUCACAGAAAAGAUCGACGAUUUACUCCCACAAAUUCCAACACCAUUUAUUAUCAUGUCUGACCCAAAUGCCCACUCUCUGUCUUGGGGUAGUUCACACACAUCCAGAAAAGGAUCUUAUUUAGAAAAUCUGGCCAUUGCCCAUAACCUAACCAUCUUGAACAACUCUCAACCCACCCGCCUAGACCCUUCCACAGGUAACAUGUCUGCUCUGGACCUCACAAUGGUCUCAUGGGAGCUUGGUCCAAAAUUUUGCUGGAAUGUCCUCGUCGACUGCCAUGGCAGCGACCAUUUUCCUAUCCUGAUCAAAAUCCAACAUCCUACCCCGCAAAACACUACCAGGCCUCGAUGGAAGUACGACAAUGCCGACUGGCUUGGUUAUCAACUUGAUGUUGACAGCCUACUAUCAACUCAUACCCCUACUUGCGUUCAAACGUUCUCCACAAUUAUACUAAAAUCUGCCGAAAAAUACAUCCCCCGCACUAGUGGUAUGCCCGGGAAAACCGCCGUCCCCUGGUGGACCCCCGAGGUUAGAGAUGCCAUCAAAUUACGGCGAAAAAGACUACGCGCUCUUAAACGUAUCCCCAACGAUGACCCUCGAAAAGAAACUGCUCUCGCCGACUACAAAAUCGCUCGGUCUUGUUCAAAACGAGCAGUGAAGGACGCUAAAAUCGCAAGCUGGCAGAAAUUUACCGAAGAAGUACAUCCAAAUACCCCCUCCAAUGUACUUUGGGCAAAAAUCAAGACCCUCAACGGGGACUCCCGUAAAAACCCCUACCACAUCUUGCUUAACAACAAAUACACAAAUGAUUCUUCUACUCUAGCCAACUCCUUCUGUGACCUCUUUUCCUCAGUCUCAACUUCAUCCAACUCUCCUCUACCCGAUAUUCCCUCCACACCCAGUCAUAUAAACUCCGACUACAAUAGCCCUUUCACCAUCGAUGAACUGGAGUCUUCCCUUCGAAAAGUGAAGGGCCUAUCCGCCGGCCCAGACGAAAUAGGAUAUCCCCUAUUAAAAAAUCUAUCUCUCCUCGGCAAAAAGUGUUUCCUCAACAUCCUUAACCUUAUCUGGUCGGCAGGGAAACUUCCCGACAGCUGGAAGACUGGACUAGUCAUACCUAUUCCCAAACCAAAGCAAAACCUACACCUGAUCGACAAUUAUCGUCCAAUUACCCUUCUUGAUUGCUCCGGGAAAAUCCUAGAAAGGAUGGUGAACCGUCGUUUACAAGCCAUCCUAGAAAAACGAAAGCUUCUAGAUUCUCGACAGUUCGCUUUUCGGACCGGGAGGUCCACCGACGACUAUUUCGUAGAACUAGAAUCCACCCUUUCAACCUCCUUAAAACAACACCAACACGUCGAAUGCCUCUCGCUCGACCUGUCGAAAGCGUUCGACAGGGUUGACAGACCGGCAAUAAUUACCCAACUGGUCAAAUGGGACCUUGGCGGGAGGAUGCUCCAAUACAUCAAAGACUUCCUCACUAACCGAUUCAUUCAAGUGCUCAUCAACGGAGCUCGCUCAUCCGUUAAACCUAUUCUUGGAGGAGUGCCUCAAGGCUCUGUUAUUGCCCCCACUCUAUUUCUAAUUGCGAUAAACACACUCUUCCACACAAUCCCUAACAACAUCGAAACACUAGUGUACGCUGACGACAUACUCCUAAUCUCCACUUCUCCUUUUGCUAGAAUGGCUCGAAGAAGACUGCAAUCGGCGGUCAAUUUGGUUGCUGAAUGGGCCCCUACCGUUGGGUUUCAGUUUUCUCCCUCCAAGUCUUCCCUUCUUCAUUUCGGCCCUAAUAGAAGAAAACUCAAAAAAAUACCCCCAAUAUCAAUGCUUAACCAAAUCAUCCCACUAGUGCAUUCUGCCCGGAUAUUAGGAGUGUGGGUCGACGACCGCCUAAACUUUAAGUGCCACAUAAAUCAAAUAAGAAAGAAUACUAUUAACAAGCUCAAUAUUCUCCGAAUUCUCACCAACAAAACCAGUUUUGCCCAUCGAGAUUCGCUUUUUCGAUUUCUCCACGGCUGGCUUAUUCCCUCUAUCCUUUACGGUCUCGGUUUUACCAGCCUCGCACUUGACGAAGUUAUCAAAAGACUGGAACCGCUCUACAAUAAUUGCAUCCGGACAAUUAGUGCCGCAUUCUGUACCAGCCCUAUUUACUCUCUAAUGGCCGAAAGUGGGCAACUUCCUUUCAAAUUUCUUGUCGCUAAACACCUUUCCUCCAAAGCUAUUCGUUCUCUUUCCUAUCAAUGCCCCUCAGACUCCCCGUUGGUCCAAAGAACCAACUCACUAUUAGUGGAAAUUACCGGAAUUACCCUCCCACCAAUCUGUUCAAGAGAUGGGCUGAAAAUCAAGUUUUGGAACGAACCCACACCUAACAUAGAUCUGUCCCUGAAACAUAAAAUCAAAGCUGGGAGCCCCCCAGCGAUCGUCUUGCCCUUCUUCCGACAACUGGUCGAUGAAAAGUACCUUGGACUGCCCCACAUUUACACCGACGGUUCCAAGACCAACAAUGGUAAUGUCGGAUGCGGCAUACACAAUGGUAUCUCCGACCGAAGCUUGCCUCUCCCUAAAUCCUGCUCUGUUUACAGCGCCGAAGCCUACGCCAUACUAGAAGCAAUACAAAUGUCAGAUCCAGGCGCCGUUAUCUUUUCAGACUCGGCCAGUGUUCUGACGGCGUUGGCUGCCGGCAACGUACUACACCCAUGGGUCCACACCAUCUCAGAGACAGCUCCCCGGAAAAACAUCGUACUCUGCUGGGUGCCGGGUCACACCGGUAUUCAGGGCAAUGAGGUGGCCGACCGACUGGCAUCCAUCGGUACAGAGCUUUCCCCUCCCUCAAUUGAAAUCCCGCAAUCUGACGCCACUCGAUUCAUUCACAAGACAAUAAGAAAUGCCUGGAAUAUAAAAUGGUCUAACCAUUUACACGCCAAAAUGCGUGAAGUUAAAAAUACCACCGAAAAAUGGUCCGAUAGACCUAGUCAACCUGAGAGGCGAGCCCUCACCAGGCUACGUAUUGGGCACACCCGACUUACACACGCCCACAUAAUCGCCAAAGAUGAACCCUCCCUCUGUAUAUCCUGUCAUUCCCCAAUAACCGUCAAACACAUCCUCACCUCCUGCCUCCAAUACCUCCCUCUAAGACAAUCCUGUGACCUAUCCGCAAGCUUACGCCAAAUCCUCUCCAACUGUCCUUACGAAGAGAAAAAACUUAUAACUUUCCUCACCAAAUCCAAACUCCUCUUCGAAAUAUGA